AACACCGAAUAAGGUUCAACGAAUCUUACUGGUGGUUGAUCACAUCGAGAAGACAAUCAGUACCGAAAGAUUUCUUCGGCAAACUCCCGCUCAAUAUUGCAACGGAAAUGACGUUCGCAUUACGACAAAACGAAUCUUACGAGUUCUACGACGUUUAUAAUCCAAGUUUCAAACACGGUGCGAAAUUGAAUGUCACUUUUAUGGGAACUUGGAACCCUGAACGAGGAUUGAGCAUCGUUUUGAAUCAGUACAAAUACCUCAGACGCGGAAAUCUUUAUGGACUUACUCUGAAUUCGUCAGUGGCGCUUGAUCAUUCGCCAGAAAAUGAUUUCAUGACGUAUUUGAGCACACCUACAGACCCGGGGUUCGACACGAUGCACCGGUUCAAUUACGGCCUCUUAGUUCAGCUGCUCGACUAUUACAAUUUCAAACUCGAUAUCAAGAGGGGCUCGACGUGGGGAUAUCUCCUGCCGAACGGUUCGUACAGCGGUAUUUUGGGCGACAUGGCAAAAGGACUCGUAGACAUAAGCGUCACACCUUUUCAGUACAAAAUAGAUAGACUCGACGUGGUCGAAUACACCGUGCAGACGUGGAUUGCCAAAGUUUGCCUGAUAUUUCGCCAUCCGCAAAAAAACGAAAUGAGCAACGUAUUUUUGAAACCAUUCGAGCCAGUUGUGUGGUACUGGAUUACUGUGGUCGCUUUGGUAAAUUGGCUCCUCUUGUUCCUCACUGUGAAAAUUGAACAGCAUUAUGACUGGCGACAUCCGGUCAAUACGCUUGACACUAAUCCUGCCUCGGAAGUUGGGCUCAUUGCAAUUGCAGCGGUUUGCCAACAAGGGCUGAGUGACGGACCAAGAAUUUACUCAGGGCGAAUAGUUUUUUUGUUUUUAUUUUUAUGGGCUCUCCUCAUGUUCCAAUUUUACUCUGCAAGCGUCGUUGGAUCCCUGCUGGUCGAAAAGCCCCGAUACAUAACGACCCCUCAAGAUGUUCUGGACAGCAAUUUGGCCGUGGGCUCCGAAGACAUCGCGUACAAUCACGAUUUUUUUCAGACGUCCGACAGCCCAGCGAUAAGAGGAAUUUACCAGAAGAAAAUGGCUCCUGACAAGAAAACCGGAAAAAGGCCUUUCUUCAAGCCUGAGGAAGGAUUGAAAAAGGUGAAAAAAGGAGGAUUCGCGUUCCAGGUGGACACGGCGACGGCUUACAAGAUUAUCGAAGAAACUUUCGAUGAAACCGAAAUAUGCGAGCUUCAGGAAAUUCAUUUGUUCGAGCCAAAGCACACUGCGACGGGAGUUGCUCGGCAUUCGCCUCUCAAAAAAAUGGUCACUUAUGGAAUGCGUCAAAUCAUGGAACAUGGCACCGCUAAACGGCUGAGAAACAUUUGGGCCCACCGGCGACCGGAAUGCCCCGAAAGCCACAGUUCCAGCCCGGUUCCUGUUGUCAUCGAAGAAUUCAGUCCAGCUCUUCUGCUCCUCAUUUUCGGAUGCGGUUUCUCACUGUUCAUCAUGUUUCUCGAACACCUCGCAAUACGCUAUGAACGACGUCGAAGCCAAUACUCCGAGCAGGGGUUGAAAUACAACGAGUCUUACUGGUGGCUGAUCGUAUCGAGGAAAGCCUCGAUACCAAAAGAUUUUCUCAGUAAACUUCCACUGAAUAUUGCAACCGAAAUGACGUUCGCUUUGCGGAAAAAGGAUUCUUACGAGCUCUUCGAUGUCUACAACCCAAGUUAUGCUCAUGGUGGAAAAUUAAAUGUCACCUUUAUGGGCACUUGGAACAAUAAAAGGGGAUUGAAUAUUCUGUUGAAUCAAUACAAGCUCAAUCUCAAGAUAGGCUCGAGUUGGGGAUAUAUCAUGCCGAACGGUUCAUUCGACGGUAUUUUGGGGGAUAUGUCGAAAGGACUCCUUGAUAUAAGCGUCACACCGUUUGCAUACAAGACGGAAAGACUGAGCGUGAUCGAGUACACAACCAGUAGGCUGAGCAAUGCUUUUUUGAAACCGUUCGAGCCAGUCGUAUGGUACUGGAUAACGGUAGUAAUGGUGGCAAACUGGAUCGUUUUAUUCUCUAUUGCAAAAAUCGAACAAUAUUAUGAUCGGAGGGAACCAGUUAACUCGCUCGACACCGAUCCUGCUUCGGAAAUCGGACUCAUUGUAAUUGCUGCGGUUUGCCAGCAAGGAUUGAGUGAUGGACCCCGAAUGUUUUCGGGCAGAAUCAUUUUCCUGUUUCUAUUCGCAUGGUCACUCCUCAUGUAUCAGUUUUAUUCGGCGAGUGUCGUUGGAUCUCUCCUGGUUGAAAAACCUCGAUACAUCAAGACCCCGGAAGAUGUUUUGCACAGCGAUUUGGCCGUAGGUGCCGAAGACAUCCCGUACAAUCGCGAUUUCUUUGAGACCACCAAUAAACGAGCGGUAAAAGAAAUAUACAAGACAAAAAUGGCUCCAAACAAAAGCGAUCAGAAACGACCGUUCUACACAGCCGAGUAUGGAUUAAACAUGGUGAAAAAAGGGGGAUUUGCAUUUCAGAUCGAUAUAGAUACGGCUUACAAGAUUAUCGAAGACACGUUCAAGGAAGACGAAGUUUGUGAGCUCGAGGAGAUUUAUUUGUGGGAAGACCUACCGGCGUCUAUCGUCGUUGCUCGGCAUUCGCCUUUCAAAAAAAUGGUCACUUAUGGAUUGCGAAAAGUAGUGGAACAUGGAUCUGCACAACAUCUGAAAAAUUUGUGGGCCCAGCGACGCCCCAAAUGUCCUGAAGGCUACACUACCAUGACCGCUGCAGUUGGAAUUGAAGAAUUCAGUCCUGCUAUUAUCCUGCUUGUUUUCGGUUGCCUUUUCUCUCUGUUCAUCAUGUUGCUCGAAUGCUUGAGAAACCGCUGCGAGAAAUGCUUAGCAAGGGCAGUUGCUCGCUUGCGACGACGCAGAAACGUUACCAAAGGACCGAGACGAGUAACACCGUGUAAAAUUUUCUACCCCAAUGAAUUUGCUUGA